AUGUAUUUCCGUUUUGGAAAAGGGCUUCAAAUCCAACUUCGACACUCUUCUAAAGCCGUCCGAUCACAACUUCGAUGGAACUCGACGACAAAACUCAUCAAACCAAUCGCUUCAACACAGCAUCCUUUCUUGGUGAAACCUGUGACGCCUCAUGAAUCUUACGUAUCAUGUACCAUUUUCAACGAGAAAGGUGACGUGACUGCUGUAUCUCAUAAAUUCCCGAAAUGGGAGUUCUUACAGAAAUAUGGGUUAUAUCCAAGAGAUUUGAGGAAGAUUGACUCGAGUACAAUAGAUGUAAUACCUUCGUUUGUCAUCAAACCUAAGUGCAUUUUGGUGAAUGUGUUACAUAUAAAAGCAAUGAUACAGAAAGAUAAAGUUUUCGUGUUUGAUACUACAAAUCCUGACGCCGCCAUAAAACUUGGUGUGUUAAUGUAUGACUUGGAAUCAAAACUAUCUCAAAGGAAUAUCAAUUACCAAGGGAAAUCUGUCUCAUACCAGGAAAAUUAUGAACAUAGAGCCCUCGAAUCAAUACUCAUAAACGUGAUGACCUGUUUGGAAACGGAAUACAAGUAUCAUCAUUCUGUUUGUGGGAUGAUAUUGAACGAUUUGGAGAAUCAGAUUGACCGAGACAAGCUUAGAGAUCUUUUGAUCAAAUCCAAAACUUUGACUGCUUUUGCCCAGAAGAGUGUCUUACUACGUGACCUUUUAGACGAACUUCUAGAGUCAGAUGAGGAUUUGGCCGGAAUGUACCUCAGCGAGAAGAAGCAUCCAGAUGCUGACGACCAUUCGGACCUUGAAAUGCUCUUAGAGACAUAUUACAAACAGUGUGACGAAUAUGUGCAACAAUCCGAAUCUCUCAUUCAAGAUAUCAAAUCUACCGAGGAAAUUGUCAAUAUUAUUCUAGAUGCCAACCGGAACUCAUUGUUGCUAUUCGAAUUGAAAGUUACUGUUUAUACGUUAGGUUUUACGGUGGCCACACUUGUUCCGGCAUUUUAUGGGAUGAAUUUGAAAAACUUCAUCGAAGAUUCAAACUGGGGAUUUGCCAGUGUAGUUGGACUGUCAGUAGCAGCUGCAGCAGUUGUAACUAUCACAAAUAUGAGAGCUCUAAGGUCAGUCACAAAAUUGACACUAUUGAAUAAUCAUACCGGUGCUAACAAUAAAAAGCAUUUGGCAAAUGCUAAGUUAGCUCUAGACAAAGAAAUACCUACAUUCUGGGAUAGGUGGUUAACGAGUGCAAGGGUGUUAUGGUCUGGACGUGAAGUAUUGUACAAAGAUGGAUCAAAGAGAGACAUGAUCUGGAAAUGGUUAGUAGAUGACGACAAGAAGUGA